AUGUACACUUCAUUCCGCUUCUCCUUCACCAAAUGGUUUGCACUGUACUUGUUAUUAUGGAAUAAUUACGAAUAUGCGAACGAGAACAAGUUUGGGAAGACAUGGAAUAACAUAAUCCGCAGGAAAAAUGUGUCGGAUGUACGCGGCAGUCGUUUAUUAAGGGAAAAGGGGAAUACAUAUGUGGACAAUAAUAGCAGCUUUUCCUCAUUAGAAGACAUUAUGUUUGGAAUAAGCAGUGACGAAGAAAGUAACGUUGGAGGGACAACAAAAAUACUGUUAGACAAGGACGGAUUUAUGGAAGAACUCAAUAAUAUAAUGACGGAUGGGGAAUUGAAAAGACCAAUUUCUUCCUUAACCAAAGGUGGCAAACAUAAACCAAAGUCUAAAUUUUUAGCUGAAGGUGAAAAGUACACAUCCACUAAAUGCAAUAGCAGGAGCAAGGACAACUAUUCAGAUUAUUAUAAUUAUGAUGGGGAAGACAAAGAAUGUAAAAACAAAAAAUAUAAAAACAGAAAAUAUGGAAACAAAAAAUAUAAAAACAAAAAAUAUAAAAACAAAAAAUAUGAAGAAAAAGAACAGGCGUAUGGUUGCAAAUAUCGUGACGGUCGAAAACAGCGCCAUGAUAAUGGGGACAAUCGUAAAUAUCGUGAUGAUCGCAGAUAUCCACAGGAGCGGGACAAUCGUAAGCAUGGCCAUGAUGAUAGAAACAAUCGUAAAUAUGGCGAUGAUCGGGAUGGUCAAGGACAUAAAAAAUAUCGUGAUACAUAUGAUAAAUAUGAUAAGUAUGAUAAGUAUAAUGGGGAAGACUAUCGUCAUAAUCAUGAUGACAGUUAUAGAAAACCUUUAAAUUCUAAACGACAUACAUUUCACAAUAAAGGAAAUAAGUCACCAAGCAAAUAUCCUGCCCAAGACGACCUUUUCCCUAAACCAUCGAGUGAUAAAUAUGGAAAUGUGAACAAAGUUGGAAAAACACAUAAUCCAAUGGAUCUACUCGACGAUGCAAAAAAAUUACCCAGUACAUUAAAGAACCAUUUUGAUCAUUCAAAAGGAUACGGUUCAAAAAGUUACUACGGCGAUGAUGAUGAUUAUGGUGAUGACUAUGAUAACGAUAGGGAGGAUGAAAGUAACUUAAUGGCUUUAUCAUCAAAAUACCCUAAUGAGCAUGAAGGGUCCUCUAGUGGAAAAGGAAUUCAUACAACUGAUGAAAUUCGUUCUUAUAUGGACGAAAAACGACAGGAAAAUAAAAUUCCCGUUAGUCCUAGUGCAGGUUUCUGCAGAAACACCGCGGUGUGUAAAAUGUUUAGAAAGUCAGAUUCUAAGGUUAAAUUAAAAAAGUCACGAGACAUGAAAAAUAAGGCACCAGACGGAAAAAUGGAAAACAAACCCAGACCAUUCUUCAGUAAAUUGUUAUAUACUAUAAGAAAAAAUAAAAAGUUCCUGUGCCUCGCAUUGAUCCUUUCAAUUCCUUAUCCAUUAGUUUUGUACCUUUUGAAUUUAUUCGCUUAUGGCAUGUAUAUUUAUCUUACAGAAUGCAUAGAAGUAUUUUUCAUAUUAGCUGUUGCAUUCCAAAUAAUAACAGGACUCGUCUUUUCGAAGGCUGCUAUUUCAAUUAUACGGCCUAAAGGAAAAGAAAAUACAUGUCAAAUAAAAUGUGGAAAUACAAAACUUCCUCAAAAAAAAACCACAAAUACAGAAGAUUUGAGAAAUCAGUAG